CGCGCAUGUGUAACGUGAAAGAGGAAGUGGUCAUUUUCGGAAUUUUGAGAAAAUGACAAUAAUUGAAGAUGCGGGGAUUUCGUUAUGAUUGAGAUCACAAAAUAGAGACAAGAUGGGUUAUGAACUCAAUCGCUUUCAAGGUGAUGUUGAUGAAGAACUUGUUUGUCCCAUAUGUAGUGGAGUUCUAGAAGAGCCUUUACAGGCCCCGCAGUGCGAGCAUGCUUUUUGUGGAGCGUGUAUACAGGAGUGGUUGACUAGGCAGCCCACAUGUCCCGUGGACAGGAAUCCCAUCACCCCCAACCAGCUGAAGCCUGUCCCACGGAUCCUCAGAAAUCUCCUCUCUCGUCUACAGAUUGCCUGCGAUAAUGCUACGUAUGGCUGCACGGCUAUAGUCAAAUUAGACAUGUUGUCAGCGCACAUACAGGAGUGUGAACAUAACCCGAAAAAGCCUGUACAUUGUGAAAGUGGGUGUGGUAUUGUUGUCCCUAAGGAUGAAUUAAAGGAUCACAAUUGUGUUCGCGAGCUGAGGAAUCUGGUUCAGCAGCAGGCAUCAAGGAUCACAGAAAUGCAGACAGAAAUUACAGAACACAAAUUAAAUAUAAGCGAACAAAAGAGGGAACUUCAGUUGUUAAAAGAAUACAUGAGAUCUAUGAGAGUAUCUAAUCCAAGAAUGAGAGAAAUACAGUCAGAGAUGGAAAAUGCUGACGUUCUAAGAUGGGUGAACAGUUUACAGACUGCCCGGGUAACCCGUUGGGGUGGUAUGAUCUCUACCCCUGAUGCGGUGCUACAGGCGGUCAUUAAGAGGGCCCUGAUUGACAGUGGCUCCCCUCCCCACAUUGUUAAUGAACUCAUGGAGAAUGCACAUGAACGAAGAUGGCCCCAUGGUCUCAGUACUCUGGAAACCAGACAACUCAACAGGAGGCAGUAUGAAAAUUACGUCACAAAAAGAAUUCCAGGUAAACAAGCUGUGGUGGUGAUGGCCUGUGAAAAUGAACACAUGCCUGAAGAUUUGAUAAUGGAGCCAGGGCUGGUCAUGAUAUUUGCUCAUGGAGUAGAAUGACCAGCAAAUGAAUGAGCAAAGAUCUGUGAUAAUCUGUGAUUUUUUCUGUGAAAGGGUAGAUUUUUAAAUGAAGUUGUCAGAACAGACAAGUGCUUUCACAUCUAGUAACAGAUCAUGUUCUAGAUUUUCACAAAACGUUAUAUACAUAAAUAUAUUGCUGUGAAUGAGAAAAAAAACUAACUGAUUAAGUUCAGUGUUAUGGACAAAUGGUGCAUUAAUGUUAAAAAAUUGACAGUGAAUAUUACUGGUAAUAAAAACCAGUAUGUGAUUUUUCUGAUUCAUGUAGUGUGUGUAUCGGUAUUGUUUGUACAAAGUGUAGACUUCAUCAAGACAAGUUUUAUCUCUGUUAGAACUGAAUGCUGUUUGUUCCUAAAUUUAUUUUGUUACAGUUUUGAAAAAAGUGAGGGGAGGGAGGGGUUGAGUGUGAAUAUUUUGUUGAUCAGAGAUUACUGAAAGGCAAAAUGUUUGUAUUUAGUGCACUAGUAUUUAUAUGUAACAGUAAUAGUGACUUGGUAAUGUAGAGUCUUGUGGCAAAUUGAUAGCAGAAAACAUUACAUUGAAUGAUCCUAUGUAUGUUGACUUCUUUUCCAAUUAAAAGAUUUAGCAGGGAUAAGUUAAUAGCAACAUAACAAUUAUUGUUCUCUUAUUUAGCUUGAUCAAUUCAUUUAAAUUAUAUUUUUUAAUGGAAUUAAAAUCCUUAGCUAGGUUUUGUGCUUUAAGUUAGAAUAUCAUACGAUCAAAAAACAAUUCAAAUGAAUUUCACGUUUUACCAUUGAAAAUCUGUCACACCCUGCUGUCUUUUACAGAUAUUUAUAAACUACUGUAAAUGGAUAUCAUCUAAUUUUUUAUUUAGAUUUUUAAAUGUAAAAAAAAUUAUUGCAUAAUGUAUAUGUAAACUUAACUCUGCAUCACUGUAAUUGCUGUUCCAUGACAUAAGAGUUGUAAAUUUCAUUGGUUGAUACGAUGCAAAUGAAUUCAUUGGUUUUCUUGUAAUUUGUAAAUACAUGAAUGUUAAAGUUAAUGCAUUUACAAAAAAGUCAUUGUGUAUUCUUGACUUUCAUUUGUUGCAUUCAGCCACAAUUCUUGUUUAGAUAAAAAUAAACUGAUGAAAAUAAAA